AUGCAACGAGAACAUUUAAAGAGUUUGAUGUUGUUCUACAUCGAAUGCGUCAGCGCUAAAGGUCCAUUCCUGGCGGAUGGUGGUGAGGCGGACACACUCGAUUCUAAUGAAUGGCAUGUAUCGACCUCCAAAAACUUUGCUGCCAGUCUCGUCGAAGUGAAGAGUUUCAGUGAUGAUCAGGGUUCAGUCGUGUCUGAGAUCCUUGCGUCCAUGGAUGACGUACAAAUGAAAGAUGUUGUAAAAAACUUUUCGACUUUGUUUUACAAUGCCUUGAACGGUAUUAAUAGGAUUGUGGAUGAGCGAGAUCCCAAUAAUCGAGGCGCGAAUUUAAAGGACUUUAAACUUCCACCGGUUGUACCCCAAGACCUGGUUUUAAUUCGCACCUCUGAAUUCAGUGCGAUUGCGAGGAGUCAGAAGGAGCGCCUUCUGGCGCGUUGGACACUCGAAGAGAUCGAUUUAAUUGAGCAGGAGCACGGCGAGAUGUUAAUUGCCGUAAGAUGUGAACCUGCUCUUAAGCCGACAUUAGACCCCUUCAAUGGAGAGAUUACUUUUGAUUAA